AUGUUCAUCCGUCGCCUUGCCCUCGCCGCAGCCCUUCUUCUCGGUCAGGUUUCAGCCAGCACCCCCGCGGCUAGCUCUCCACCAGCCAGUAGUCAAGCCCAUGUGGCCACGGAAACUUGCCGAACGGAGCUAGGAACUAGCUCGGUGAAGUCGGUACCUACCACAACCAUCACUCGUACGAUCCAUCAGCGUACUCCCGUCGUUGUCCUCACAACACUUCUGGAAACCGUCACGGUCACCCCUGCUGUGUCGACCGAGAUAUUGACGGACUAUGAAACUACUAUUAUCACCUCCACAGCUGAUGCAAUCACUGAUAUUUUCUCAACAACUUCAACUGAGUUUGACACUGCCACAUUGACUCUAACUCCUGCUCCUAUCACCACAACCGUUGCCGAAGUCCUCUCGACUAUCUCGACCAGCACUUCCACCAUUGCCACCUCUGCAGGCUUCAUUCCCAUUGCAGACACUCUGCCUCCCACUGUUACUGCCAAGCGCUCAUUGGAAGAGGAUGAUGAUUGCUCUCCUUGGGUGGAUGAUUACAAGUAUCCGCAAGCGGUCGUGUGCCAUGAGAAGAACAUCAUCAAAACGACCACUAUCUCCACUGUGACCGGGUCACCUACCACUAUCACCGCUGCAACUCCUACCACCACAGUGACAGUCACCAACACCAUCACCAGCAGCUCAGUGAUUCUUCCCUCGGAUGUCUCCACCACACUGAGCUUCAGCACCACCUCAACCAUCACCGAGACCACCUUUGCUGCCGGUGAGACGAGCACAGUUACUUCCACUAGCACUGUUCUAGGAGGUACAACUACCACAUCCUUCUACGCAGCCUGUGCUACAAACAACAUCGCUGGAGCCCCUCUCUCUUCGGAGUUCGGCUCGGCCGCAGGCAAAUACAUCUAUUCGCUCACGUUCACCCACGUCCCUGGCCAACAAAUGACAGUUGGUAACACUAAUUCCGCAUACGAUUGUUGUGCCAGCUGUAUGGCAAGUUCCACUUGUGCCAUGUCAUACUACUACUCGGCUUCGUCCUCCGUCAAAUACUGUUAUCUAAUUGCAACAAACACGUGCUCGGUUGCUUCUACCUUUGGCACGGCUUCUCUCCAGAGCGGCAUGACCGGUGUGCAGAUCUCCAAUGGAAAUUGUGGACAUGUGAUAGGUACAAAUGCAUAG